AUGGAUUUUCAUUACUGCGAUUGGGCUGGCAGUUCCAAGGGCAUGAAUUCCUUCGUUAAAAACACCCUCGCCGGCUUCGCCAAAGCCAAUCCUCAAAUCGAAAUGACCAUUUCUCCUCGGCCCUCCAAACACCCAGUUAUCAUUGGACAUUAUAUCAAUGGUCGUGAGAAAGCUAUUUGCGUCAGAAAUUUAGAACCGGGGCAGAUAUUAAAAAAGGCAGAGCUGCUAAGGGAUGCGAGUGGAGAGAAGUUGAAGAGGGUCAAGAAACCUGUGCGAAGUAUCAAUGAGAGUGUUAGAGGUAUAUGGAGUCCUUACCAUAGUGGUGGAAUUAAGGUUUGA